AUACAACUAACACAUAACUAGUUCCCUAGUCAGCAAAAAUGGCUACUUUGCAGGAGCUGCCUAACUUCAUUGGGGGCGAGUUUGUGCGUUGCAGUCGCCAUAUUGACAGCUACAACCCUGCAACUGGCAAGGUGCAUCUCAAAGUACCUGACAGCGGGGAAGAAGAGGUGGAGCAAGCUGUGCAGGCUGCAAAGGAAGCCUUUAAAGAAUGGUCGAAGACUCCACCUCGAGAGAGAGCUCGACUUAUGAACAAGAUUGCAGAAUUGGUCGAUUCAAGGUUAGAUGAAUUUGCGAGUGCCGAGUCUAGAGAUCAGGGCAAACCCGUUUGGCUGGCCAAGGCCGUCGACAUCGAUCGCUGCUGCCACAACUUCAGAUUCUUUGCUUCAGCCAUAAUGCACACCAUUGAGACGUCGACUGUCCAAACUGACAAAGGAGCUACUAACUACACGUGUCGUUCCCCUAUUGGAGUCGCCGGCCUCAUAUCACCGUGGAACCUUCCCAUCUAUCUCCUCUCCUUUAAGAUAGCUCCAGCCAUUGGUGCCGGCUGUACUGUCGUGUGUAAACCCAGUGAGAUGACCUCUCUCACAGCUCACCUACUGGCUGAGGUUAUGAAGGAGGCUGGUCUACCCCCUGGUGUGGUGAACAUGGUGUAUGGUGUUGGUCCCACGGUGGGGGAGGCCAUUGUGAAGCAUCCUCUUGUUCCCAUCAUCUCCUUCACUGGGAGCACUCUGGUUGGACAGAGGAUACAGAGUGUCACUGCUCCUUACAUCAAGAGACUCUCUCUUGAGCUGGGUGGUAAGAACGCAGGAGUGGUGUUUGAUGAUGUCAACCUCGACAAGUGUCUCCCUGCUAUGAUACGAUCCUCCUUCACCAACCAGGGUGAGAUUUGCCUCACCACCAGUCGCAUCUUUGUGCAGGAGGGCAUCUAUGAGGAGUUUGUGAAGAGAUUUGUCAAACUCACCAAACAAAUGACAGUAGGUGACCCGACUGACAGUACCAACAAAAUGGGAGCCUUGGUAAGCAAGGAGCACUUGACCAAGGUGACGGGAUACGUGGACUUGGCCCGGAGGGAGGGUUGCAAUGUGCAGUGUGGGCACGGGGUGGAGGAGCUGGCCCUACCAGAGAGGAACAAGAACGGCUAUUUCAUGCGUCCGACUGUCAUCACUGAUGUGACUGAUGACAGCAAGCUGAUGCAGGAGGAAGUGUUUGGGCCUGUCACAUGCAUCGUCCCUUUCAAGACAGAAGAGGAGGCGGUUGAAAGAGCCAACAACGUCAAGUAUGGUCUUUGUGCGUGUGUUUGGUCUGAGAAUUCCGGGACCACCCACAGAGUGGCACAGGCUCUUGAUGUGGGCACUGUCUGGGUGAACUGCUGGCUGGUUCGAGACCUUAACAUGCCAUUCGGUGGAGCCAAGAAAUCAGGAGUAGGGAGGGAAGGUUUCAAAGACUCGCUCGACUUCUACACGGAGGUUAAGACAGUCUGCAUCAAGCACACUGACUGAUCAUGAGUAGCACUGUGCGUAGCUGAUAGAGGGUGUGUGUAACUGUUUAUUGUCUGACUCAUGUGAUUUAUAUUUUGUGGAGUAGAAUAUCAAAAAAUGAAAGUUUUCUG